AUGGAGGCGCUGCUGCUGGGCGCGGGGUUGCUGCUGGGCUUCUACGUGCUUAUCUACUACAACCUGGUGAAGGCCCCGCCGUGUGGCUGCCUUGCCAGCCUGCGGGGCCGCACAGCCGUGGUCACCGGAGCCAACAGUGGCAUCGGGAAGAUGACGGCGCUGGAGCUGGCGCGCCGGGGAGCGCGCGUGGUUCUGGCCUGUCAAGGGAGGUGGCUGGUGACAAGCCUAGCUCUUACCAUUCCACAGGAAAGCGGGAACAAUGAGAUCAUCUUCAUGGCCUUGGACUUGGCCAGUCUGACCUCUGUUCGAGCUUUUGCCACCGCCUUCUUGCGCUCCGAGCCCCGGCUGGACAUCCUUAUCCACAAUGCUGGGAUCAGUUCCUGUGGCCGGACACGUGAGCCCUUUAACCUGCUGCUGCGGGUGAACCACAUCGGCCCCUUCCUGCUGACACAGCUGCUGUUGGCCCAGCUGAAAGCAUGUGCCCCCAGCCGUGUGGUGGUGGUAUCCUCAGCUGCCCACCGGCGUGGGCACCUCGACUUCACUCGCCUGAACCUUCCUGUGGUUGGCUGGCAGCAAGAGCUCCGGGCAUAUGCUGACAGUAAGCUGGCCAAUGUGUUGUUUGUCCGAGAACUUGCCACCCAGCUUGAAGGCACUGGGAUCACCUGCUAUGCGGCCCACCCAGGGCCUGUGAACUCAGAGCUGUUCCUGCGCCAUGUUCCUGGAUGGUUGCACCCACUUUUAAGACCUCUGGCCUGGCUGGUGCUGCGGGCGCCAAGAGGGGGUGCCCAGACACCUCUAUACUGUGCUCUACAGGAGGGCAUUGAACCCCUCAGUGGGAGAUACUUUGCCAACUGCCGAGUGGAGGAGGUGCCCCCAGCCGCCCGAGAUGACCGGGCAGCCCACCGGCUGUGGGAAGUCAGCAAGAGACUGGCAGGGCUAGGACAUGGAGAGGAAGAUGAACCUGAUGAAGAUCCCCAGCUUGAGCACCCACAGGCCCCAUCUUCUCUGAGCAGUCCCCAUCCUGAAAAGCCCACAGUUUCUGAACCCUGUCCUGGUCCACAGAGCUCACUGGAUUUGCCUAAAGUCAUGUGCCGAAGUCAGAGUAAAGCUGAGCCUAUAACCCCAGCCUUCUAA